AUGGUGCCUCUUCCGCUCUUCAAGCUUGCCGCGCUCUUUGUGCGGCAUAUUUCGAAGUAUGGUGCAAACCAAAUCAAGAUCCAGGCCCACGAGCACCAGCGCUUUCGCCGGCAGGCUGCCCGCUAUGGCCAGGCCAUCCACCAGCUCAACAUGCGCCUCAACGUUGCCGUGUUACGAAAUUACGACGCCGAGAAGCGGGCGCGCGAAAAGGCUGAAGCUGCCGAGGCUCCGACUGUCAAGACAAAGGAACAGGCUGAGCGUGAAGAGCGCCUGAAGCAGAAGGAGGCCGCUGACCGUGCAAAGUACGGCACCACGGCCAAGGAGGCACAUCCGGCAACGGUCAUAAUGCGCACGAGCGAUGCCAGUAUCCCUGCUGCUUCUGCUGCUGCUGCCACUGCCACUUCCUCCACUUCCUCCUCCGCUGACAGCACCAGGGGUCCGACCCACUUCACCAGCGUCUGGAAGCGCAAGUUCCGAGCGCUGCCCGAAGCCAAGGCCGUCGACCUGUUUGCCGACGUCGUCGGUGCUGCCUUCAUCCUCGUCAUCGCCAGCGCCCUGGUCCUCUACGAGUACUACCGGUCGGCGUCCAAGCCCGACGCCAAUCUCGCCAACCUCGAGCGCAUCAAGGACCUCAACGGCCAGCUCACUGAACUGCGCGCUGCCGAAGAUGAGCACGUCCCCGCCGAAAAGCUCCACGAGAGCCGCAUCCUCGCCAUGGAGGCGGCCCUGCGCAGCUACCGCGACCCUAAGACCAAGCAGCCGCUGCUGGCACCGGCACCCCCGCCAGAGGAAGACAAGGCAGAUCUCAAGGACACUGUCGCCGAGCAGGCGGCGCAGUCUGCUGUCGUGGCAUAA